AUGCCAAACUUGGAUACGAGUGAGACGCUGGUAUCACCUGCUACUGAGACUGGGUCUCAAGAUCGCAUGGCUGGGGAUGACGCUAAGGGUGGCAACAGUAUAGGCUGUGGACAGAGAGCACCAGACAGAGGUGCUGGACAAACUGAGGCGAGUCAGCCUACUCUUGUUUAUGCUACUCAUUGCCAAGAUGGCAGAGAUGCUCCAGACGUCAUUACCGAUAUAGGUUCCACACAUUCCUAUGUAGCUAGUACUGUGUCUGAAAACUUAGGGAUUUUGGUUGAGAGUACUUCUAGUGAGGUGGCUGUAUUGAGUCCAUUGGGGCAAUCAGUUUGGGUUAGCAAACCGUAUAGAGAUGUUUCGAUAAAGGUUCAAGGUCUGGACUGUGCGACUAAGAGGGUCAUCUUGAGAACUGGUGAGGAUAAUGAGGUAGUCAUGAUUGGAGAACGUCAGAAUUAUUUGGCUAAUGUGAUCUCUGCACUGGUGGCUAAGAAACUAGUUCGUAAGGGAUGUGGGGCAUUCUUGGCUUAUAUUAGUGUUUCUGUUUUUGGGGACUCUACUGUAAAAGAUAUCAGAACUGUAAGGGACUUUCCAGACGUCUUUCCUGAGGAGCUACCAAGUUUACCUCCAAAUCGGGAAGUGGAAUUUGAGAUUGAACUUCUUCCUGGUACAGCUCCAGUGUCUAUCGCCCCCUAUCGUAUGACACUGAAGGAGCUUACAGAGCUUAGGGCUUAA